CAUUUUUAAAGUGAGAGAGCCUUAUUGCCCUAAAGUCAAGAAAGCAAGACGGAGCCGAUAUCGCAUCGACCCGAAUCACCGAAUCGGAGCCCCAUCGAUGGAUCCGAACGGCCGUAUUCCCUCCCGAUUCAACCGCCUCCGUGAAUCCUCCGCCGUCUCCGAUCGCCUUCUCGGUACCUUCACCGCCCAAGGUCCUCGCAUCCAUAUCCCUUCUUCCUCUGCCACCGGCGAUGGUGAUCUCUACGAGGACGAUAUCUUCGCCACCGAACUCUCCCACACGCCUCGGUCUUCUUCUUCUUCUUCUUCUUCUUCUUCUUCUUCUUCUUCUUCAUAUUCCUCUUUUUCGGCAGUUCCGCCGCCGCCUGGUCGCCCAAUCCAGAGGAGCAGAAGCGGAUUGAAAACCGUCGAGGCGUCCGGAAUCCUCGCCGCACUCCCGGAGCUUUCCGGGAGCAAUCACCUCGGCCAUGUAUUUCACCACAAAUCAGCGGCGGCUCUCUCCCCCUCCGUCUCCUCAACCGUAUCUUCGUCGUCUUCCCCCGGCGGCGCAUCGGCGGCUUCGUCAUCGUCAGCGCGCGCGAUUCCUACCGCUCCGAAACCUCCGCAGGAGAGGAUCCCAUUCCCGUCGUCGUCAGUCGGUAGUGGAAAGUAUCCUCAAUCUGCUCCGGUUAAGGUUCCAGUGAUGACACGGGCGACGAUGAAUCGCCAGCGGAAGGAGUUCGAUCUGGCGGACGUGGUGGACGUGGAGGAAGAGGAGGAAGGCGAGAUGCUUCCGCCGCACGAGAUCGUAGCUCGGUCGCUGGCUCAGUCGUCGCUGUUGUCGUGCUCGGUGUUGGAGGGAGCAGGAAGGACGCUCAAAGGAAGAGAUCUCCGGCAGGUAAGGAACGCUGUCUUUAGAAGAACAGGUUUCAUAGAUUGAUUGAAUUUUCGUAGACAUUCUUUUAUUUAUUAUGGGAUUGGACUUCCUUGGUUGAUACUGAUUGGCUAGAAACUCCAUGGAUGUCAUGUCUUCUCGUACCUUGGUUCUUGACUGUUAGAGAGAACCCUGUUCUUGUCAAUAUAUUCGUUUAUGUUCGAUUUGGCAUUCGGCCUCUUUUUCUU